CGCAAUUGAUAUGCGUCUGAAAAUGUUAUUUUCUUCUUCUACAUAAUGACAAAUCAAUUGUUUUGCAUUUGCAAAGGUACCGCGACACCAUGAGCUGAAUAGACAAAUAAUUAUUUUUUAAAUUUUGAUGUCUAGUUAUUUCUAUAAAAAUGUUCAAUGAUCCUAAGAACUGAUCCAGAGUCGCUUUGUUCUAACGUUACUUGUGAACAUUUGAAACGGGUACUAAGAACGUAUAGCAAAUCAUCUGAAGCGGACUGAAUCUAUCCAAUAUGGCCGAAGUGAAAACGGAUCUCUCGAAUUCGGGUGCAGAUUUUACAGGAAAUACUUUCGUUGUGCUGUAUUUGUGAAGGGCUGCCAUUUUACCGAGCUUACGUAUCAACAGUAUGAACCAUGAGUGACCAAGUGGUUCAGCUCUCCUCAGCCUUCCACCAUGAGGACAUGCUUCAGUCUCUGCACCAGCUCAGACUGCACGGCCACCUGUGUGAUGUCACAGUCCAGGUGGACUUCCAGGGUGAGCUGGAGGAGUUUGAGGCUCACCAGGCGGUCCUAGCUGCCUCCAGCGGCUACUUCAAGAACAUCCUACUGGCCCCGGACCCACCCAAGAAACUAUUCUUGGGGAACGUUCGAACCACUGAUUUCACCAGGUUCUUGGAAUAUGUAUACACUGGCAAACUGGAGGUGGGUAAAGAGUUUGCUAAAGACAAGAUUGGUGUAAUACAUGAAGUGGCGACACUGUUGGAGUGUAAGAGCCUUGUCCAGGCUUGCAGCUCGGUUCUCGAUGAAGGCAGCUUGAGUCUGCACAGGGUUGAAGCGUUCAUGUCACAGGACAUGGAAGCUGAUUUGGAUGAUGUAGGAGAGGAGGAUGUGGCGCUGGGGGUCGGAGUCAACAAAGUUCCCAAAAUAGCCUCCACCAAGAGGCUGUUUCCUCCAACAAAACCGGAGAGAGGGGAGAAAAGGGCAAAGGUCGCGGUCACAGCCGAGGAGGAGAGGUCAGAGGUGAAUAAAGACACUGAGGUCUCUGGGAGGAGGAGUAACAGGCUGGCAGGGCGCAGAGUCUUCAUUGACAUUCCUAAGAAGAAGUACGUGAGGAAGAUGAAGGACCAGACCACGGCGCAGAUGGAAGAUCUGCCUGACAACAACACUCAGACAACCAAUCAGGGGGAGAACACUGACGACACACAGGAGGCAGAAGAGGCCCUUCCAGAGCCGCUGCCUGAAAAAGAGGGGGCGGGACUGGAGUCAACAGACGUUGAUGAUGAAGAUGAGGUGGAAGAGGGAGAUAUACCGGGGGAUUGUCCAGAUGACUCCCUCUUCUUGCCCAGCAAGGAAGAGGAGGGUGAGGAGGAGGGAGAGGAGCGUGCCACCAACAGAUCAUCCAGACGUAUUGACACUCAAUACAAGUGUGACAAAUGUCAACGGACCUUCCACUAUGAGAAGAGCUACCUGAAGCACAUCAAGACGAGCCACAGUGUGCAGGGGGAGGUGACGUACCGUUGUGACACCUGCCAGCAGACCUUCGCCAACCGCUGCAACCUGAAGAUCCACCAGAGACACGUCCACAGUGACGAACGACUGUUCCCCUGUGACGUCUGCACCAAGACCUUCAAGCGCAAGAAGGACGUGACGCGCCACCGGCGACAGGUGCACGAGGGAGGUGGUGAGCGGCACACCUGUCUUGUGUGUAACAAGGCGUUGAGCUCUAAGACAGCGUUGACGCUACACGAGAGAACACACACAGGAGACAAGCCCUACUCCUGCACUGACUGUGAAGCCAAGUUCUCCCAGAGCUCAGCCCUCAAGACCCACCGCAGGACUCACACAGGAGAGAAGCCUUUCGCCUGUGACCAGUGUGAUGCGAGGUUCACCCAGAACCACAUGUUGUCCUAUCACAAAAGGGCCCACACAGGAGAGAAGCCUUUUAUGUGUGAGAGCUGUGGGAAAAGCUUUGCCUCUAAAGAAUACCUGAAACACCACUCCAGAAUCCACACAGGCUCCAGGCCUUACAAGUGUGAACAAUGUGGUCGGGCCUUCGCCCAGAGAAACUCCCUCCACCAGCAUAUGAAGAUACACACAGGUGAGCGUCCGUACCACUGUACAGAUUGUGAUAAGCAGUUCACCCAGCUGAAUGCCCUCCAGAGGCACCAGAGGAUUCAUACAGGGGAGAAGCCCUACAUGUGUGGCCUCUGCAACCGUACCUUCACGGACAAGUCCACUGUACGCAGACACACCAUGACUCACGACCAGAACACUCCGUGGAAGAACUACCUGGUGGUCCUCAAGGACAACAUGGAGAAAAAGACGAAGAAACCCAGAAGCCUUGGUAGAAAGGUUAAAAUAGAGACGGUGGUUCGGGAGGUGGAAGGGGAUAGUGGAGCUGGAGGUAGGCUCCAGGAGGGGACCAUAUUGGUUCCUGGUGAGCCCAUCACCCUCUCAGCCAGCUGGGGCGACCCAGGGACCAUCGCCCUGGUUAGCCACACCACCCUGGGUGGGUUCACGGUCAUCCAGACAGAAAUGCCGGCUGGGACCCAGCUACCCAUCGUCACCACAGACGGCACCGGGGCCAGUGUCAUCUCUCUGGAUGGAUCCACUGUCUCUGUCCCCUUUACUAUCCCUGUCUCUAUGUCCUCCAUCUCUGUGUCCUCGUCCUCCUCUGGUGUCCUCCCUGUCCAGACUGUGUCUGUCUCUGUCCCAGUCACUGUCUCAGGGGCCAUAUUUGCCCCAGUUUCAGAGACCAGUCUUUCAACUUCGUGUGUUCUGGAAACUGCGGUGUCACAGACCAUCUUGGCUCCAGAUUUGGAAGCUGGGCCUGGUUCAGAUAUGACGGCCAUUGGGGAUCCUGAGGAGGCAGUUUCAGAGUGUGCCCCUAUCUCUGAGGAGUGUGUUACAGUGCAGACAUCAGAACUGGAGACUGAGACACAGAGCACUGCUGUCUCUAAUGAGGAACAACACAGUGUACCAGAGGACAUUGGUACUGUGGAAGACCUGGAGGUGUCCACUGAAGAUACUGUGGUGUAGGUUGGCAUGUAUCCCAAUGUACACUCCCUUCCGUAUGUAUUUGGGCAUUGAAGAUAAUUCCUUUCAUUUGUCUCUAUACUCGAGCAUUUUGGAUUUUGAGGUCAAAUGUUUCAUGCGAGGCGACGACAGAACACUACCUUUUUUCUGUUUACUAAAUGAAAGCACUGUAUGGAAAUCAAAUCAAAUGUAUUUGUCACAUUCACAUUUUACAGCUGGUAAUCAAGGUGCAGUGAAAUGUUUACGCUAGUUCCCUCAAUGCGGUACAUUAAUCAGCAAUAACAGUGAAGAGUCAAGUAGAAAAUAACAAGUUGUAGAAGAGGUAAUAUGCAUAGUAAUAAUGGACUGUAUUUACACUAUGUAUAAAUAUAAAGUGGGUUGUGGAAUCAAUA